AUGGAAUCCUCACCCAAUGAGCUCAUUCUUUCUCUUUAUUGCUUUUAUUCGACCCCUUUCACUUCCACCUUACUCCAAUCCUCCUCCUAAUUCUUCUUAAACCUCUCUGCCUACACAUUCAAACCUCCCCUUUCCUUCCCCCUCUACAUCUCUCUCUUUCUCUGAUAUGGCAACGAAGCUAAAUGAAGCUGCACCAGAACAGCUGAAAUACCAGACAUGGGCCUUCAGAGUCUCAAUCCAUUGUGAAGGCUGCAAGAAGAAAGUCAAGAAAGUUCUUCAAGGAAUUGAGGGUGUUUUUAUGACGGAGAUUGAUUCUCAGCAGCAUAAGGUGACAGUGACUGGUAACGUGAGUGCCGAGACUCUCAUCAAGAAACUUGGAAAAUCAGGAAAACAUGCAGAGCUUUGGCCUGAAAAGCCUGAAAUAAUCGACCAUAAGAAGUCGGGAAAAUCAAAGAACAGUGGAAAACAGAAGCCCUCUGAAGAUGUUCCAGAAGUUGGUGCCGGUAAAGGUGACAAUGAUGAGCAAAAGAAUCCAGCAGAAAAGCCAGAGACAGUUCAAAAAGCUAGUCUUGAUAAUGGUGGUGGUGGUGACCAUCUACCUGAGGUAAAAAGCGAGGAAGCGGUUGGAGAAGACACUGCUGCUAAUGAUGGGAGUGGAAGUGGAAGUAAAAAGAAGAAAAAGAAGAAGAAAGGGCAAAAUGAUAACAAUUCUAAUACCGGUGGAAACGGAACCAGUGGCAGCGGCGAUCCUGCCAGUGGCCCACCAGCAGAACCCGCCGUGUCUGCUCCAGCGGCUGUUCCAGAUCCAGCUCCACCUAUGACGUCAUUGAACCAUAGUCCUCCACAUCAUCGUCAUCUUCAUGCAUACCCAUAUGUACCAAUGUAUUAUGCAUCUCCUCCAGUAGCAGGAACUUACGGAGUAAGCUACAACACGGCAUAUCCGAGUGCUACUACAUCUUACUACGCACCUUCAAUGGCCAUGCAUGCUCAUCUCUAUUCUCAAUCUGCUGAAAGGCGCCAGCCACCAGCUCCACCAUCUGAGCCAAUCAAUAAGAUUACUUACUAUAACGAUCGUGAUUAUUACGAUUACGAUCAUCAGGGUGGAUGCUCAAUCAUGUGAAAUAAAUUGUCAUGUAAUUACGUACUAUCUAGCUUAAGUCCAUGGGAAGGGAGAAAGUUGGUGAUUAUAAUUAAUAUUGUUAUGCCAGGUUAAGGUUAAGUGGAAAUCUAGGGAUAAAUAAAGGAAAAACAAAAAACAGAAAAGAAAAAAAGGAUGUUUUUAAUUUGCGUUUUUUUGGGUUCUAUAAUAUAGUUUCUUUCUAUUUUAUUUAUGAGUAGUUUUAGGCUUAUUUGAUUUGCUGCUUUGGGUUAAGCUUAAUUACGAAUUUCUACAUGGCUUUUGUAAUAGAGAAAUGUUUGGUUACU